AUGGCGUCUUCUCCUCGAAGGUACUGCGUUGGACUGGAUGGAUCAGAGUCUCGAUUGUGCAAUCUCUCUAGUAGAGGACUCACAGUGGAGCAGGUCGAUCGCACACUGCGUGUAUUUACGAUGGCCGACACCAUCGAUUUGUCUGAUAACGAAAUCGAUAAAAUUCCAUCGGAGAUUCCAAUUGAAGUUGUGACGUUGGACAUUUCGUUCAACGCCAUCGCAAGCAUUCAGGGGAUUGAACGCUUGCAAUUUGUACAAGAGUUGCACCUGGCAUCCAAUCGUCUGGAUGACGUAAGUGCGCUUGAAUACUGCCCACGGCUUGUUUGCGUUAACUUGAGUGGAAACAGGCUUAUGCACACGAAUGGACUGGAAACACUUGAAAAUUUGAAAAUGCUUGAUGUGUCGGAGAACCUCAUCGAGAUACCGGAAGCCUUGAGGGCAUUAUCAUUGAACAUUAAUUUGACCCAUUUGUCGAUUCGAGGGAAUCCAUUGAGUCAAAUGUCUGGAUACCAUCUUCCUAUUCUCGAAAUAAUUCCCAGUUUGAUCAUGCUCGAUGACAAAAAGCUGCGAAAUGCCGUUCGAUAUACGACAAAAGAGUUCUCGGCUACUAAGUCCAUUUCAUACUCACGAAUCUACGACAAUAAAAAACAGCAGACGUGGUCGCGGCUACAGCUCCAAACUUUACGAUUUCAAUCCGAAUUCUCAUGCCCUUCACCGAAGCACGAAAACGCUCAAGCGGGUCAUAAUAAAGAACGUCAAAAACGUGCACAAUCUUGGGCAUCAAUAAUGCCACCUUCGAUCAGAGAAGGUAAUUCGCUCUCCUACUCGAGUAUGUACGACCAGCUUGCGCAGUCCAACAAAAAUGUAUCUAGCCGACCAAUUACUCCAACCGUCAAACCCAUCUUCAAUUCAAAAAUGAAAAAGUCAACUAGUGCGUCCAUGAAUCGGCUACGGGGCAAUGCUCAGUGUGUGGCUUCACAUCUCACAGGGGUUAUCGCAUACAAAAAAACAUAUAAUUCUCGCAUGGGUAGGCUUCAAAAUCGAGAAUCGAAGGCGUAUUCAGACGCACACGGCCAACGCCAUAAAUAA